AUAAUUAUUUUGAAGGGCAACUUGCUGAAUGUUGGGUCGUUUGCUGCCUUUGCCUUUCUAUAAACAAAUUCAACCAAAUCUGCAAAAUCAACUCCUCUCUUUUCUUCCCUCAAAUGUCCAGCCAGGCUACACCACUUGUUCCGAAGAUUCUCCCUCAGAAGAACCUUCCUUCCUUCGUCAGUUUUGAUUAGCAUCAGGAUUUUGGGAAAUGCAUUUUGUUUAAUGGUACUACUUGGAACAUUACCAAUAGCAACUCUUAAAGUGUAUGAGACAGCAGUGAAUUAUUGUAUGCAUAUCUAACAAAUUUAAACAACAAGUAAAAUUUGUUUUGAAUAUUAGAUUCACACAUCAGCAGUGACAUCUGGUUGUAGUCCUUCAAGAUAUUGUACUUAAUUUUUAACAGAUUUAUUCAGUAAUUAUUUGUUAACAAUUUUAUGUUAAGAGUUGUGAAUUGAACACAUUGUCAUUACAGAACAGGACAGGGCAUAAGGCUAAAAUGAAUCUAGAACAUUCUUUAGAAUUUCCUUUGAAAAGUGAAACUGAAGGUGCAUUAUCACUGCCUUCCAUAAAUCAAGAAAACAGCAACAUGGCUGCCGUUAGUGGAACCAGUGAUGAAGACUUUUUGUCUCUGGAUCCAUUUAUGGACAUCAAAAUAGAACCAGAGGAAUUCUGUGAGUCUAAUGAAGAUGAUGAAUAUUCAUAUGAAAUGAAUUCAAUAGUGAAUGAAAAACAUCCACAAACUUGCAAAAAGGAAGUAAAACAAGAAAGAAGGAAUAUUCACAAUGGAGAGAAGCCUUUCGUAUCCACUGACUGUGAGAAAGCAUUUUACAAGAAAAUUAAUCUUACAAAUGAUAUCACAAAUCCUACCAGAGAGAAAUUCAUAUGCAAUGACUGUGGGAAAGCAUUUUCCUUGAAACAUAAUCUUAUAGUUCAUAUGAGAAUCCAUACAGGAGAGAAGUCAUUCAUGUGCAAGGUAUGUGGGAAAGCAUUUUCUCAGAAACCACAUCUUACAAGUCAUAUGAGUAUCCAUACUGGAGAGAAGCCAUUCAUGUGCAACAUAUGUGGGAAAGCAUUUCCAAGGAAAGAUCAUCUUACACAUCAUAUGAAAAUCCAUACUGGAGAGAAGCCAUUCACGUGCAAGGAAUGUGGGAAAGCAUUUUCCCAGAAACAAAGUCUUACAAGUCAUAUGAGAUUGCAUACUGGAGAGAAGCCAUAUAUGUGCAAGGAAUGUGGGAAAGCAUUUUCCCAGAAACCAAAUCUUACAAGACAUAUGACAUUUCAUACCGGAGAGAAGCCAUUCAUCUGCAAAGAAUGUGGGAAAGGAUUUCCCCGCAAACAACAUCUUACAAGUCAUAUGAGAAUCCAUACUGGAGAGAAGCCAUUCAUGUGCAAGGAAUGUGGGAAAGCAUAUUCCCAGAAACAAAAUCUUACAAGUCAUAUGAGAUUGCAUACUGGAGAGAAGUCAUAUGUGUGCAGCAAAUGUGGGAAAGCAUUUUCCCAUAAAUUAUAUCUUACAAUUCAUAUGAGAACCCAUACUGGAGAGAAGCCAUUCACGUGCAAGGAAUGUGGGAAAGCAUUUUCCCAGAAACCAAAUCUUACAAGUCAUAUGAGAUUGCAUACUGGAGAGAAGCCAUAUAUGUGCAAGGAAUGUGGGAAAGCAUUUUCCCACAAACCAAGACUUACACAUCAUAUGAGGUUGCAUACUGGAGAGGAAAAAGAAACAACAUGAUAAAAUAAACCAGUUAAGGCAGAGAUCUCUCAAAUGACCAACUAUAUGAGAGAUCAAAAUCACUCACAAAAUCUGCUCAAGAAAAUAAGGAAAAUAAAGAAAAAAUACAGAAUAGGGGAUGAACAAAUGAGUGGAAAACUGGCAGAUCACCAAGCCAAUAUAAAGGCCCUAGCUUCACAAAUAGGAAAAAAACAACAGAAGAUGAAUGUAAAACAAAUAAAUAGGCAGUUUGGUGAAAAUCCAAAGAUUGUGUAUAGGUACAUCACGAAAGAAACAGUAGAGGUACGAACACCUCCGAGCAAGGAAUACCUAGAGAAAUUUUGGAAGCCACUGUUUGAAGACCCUAGACAACACCAAGAGAAUUCAUGGAUUGACACCAUUAGGCAGAAGAACAGCCAGAAACAGCAAAUCCCACCAAUAAGGUUCACCAUCGAAAGAGUAACAAAGAAAAUAAAAGAAUAUAAUGAUUUCAAGACUACACUCAGCAGAGUGGCUCACAACAAGAAGCACCAACCUUCUCCCUAAAAAUAUAGGGCCAUCUGCUGCCUAUCAACAACCUACAAAUGAGUCACAGGAGUCAUAGCAGGCGAGAUCAAUGAACAUCUAGAUCAAGACAAAUAUACAGAAAAAGAACAAAAGAGAUGCACAAGAAACAAACUAGGUACUAAAGAUCAACUGCUAAUAAACAAAAUAAUAUUAGAAGAUUGUAAGAAGAAAAGGCAAAGGAAUCUUAAUAUGGCUUGGAUAGAUUACAAGAGGGCAUUUGACACUGUGCCGUGCACCUGGAUAUUCAAAUGUGUGGAAUUAGACAACAUCAAUGAGGAAAUAAGAUCUUUCUUGGCAGCUCAGAUGAGUAAGUGGAAGACCACUCUCUGUCUAAGGGGAAAGCAUUCCCGAAACUUUGGUGUAAAUAAAAAGAAGAAAUGAUCUCCAGUAUUCUUGCUGUCCUGUUCAUUGUCAAACUUAAGCUUACCAGGAAGGAGGGCCAAAUAGUAAUUCCAGACAUAAAGAUCCAAAGAGGAAUAUUCCAGGGGAACAGCCUUCCACGACUUCUAUUCUGCUUGAACAUAGAUCUGCUUAGUAAAAUCUUGAACAACAUUAACACUGGCUAUGACCUAGGCAAAAGCAGGAGCAGAAAAGAAUAUAAAAGAGUGAACCACCUGCUCUUCAUGGAUGACCUGAAGUUGUUUGCAGACUCAGAAGAAAAAUUGGAAGAAUAAGUUAGGACAGUCCACCAAUUCUCAAAUGACACCUGCAUGGAAUUUGGGUAGGACAAGAGUGCCACGAGUACAAUAAAGAGAGGGAAGAGAGUAACAUCAGAAGGCAUAAAGGUAGAGUUAGGCAUAUCUGUUGAAGACCAGGCAGAGGAGUAAUUGGGAAUAGAAGAAAACACUGGUAUAGAACACAAGAAAGUGAGAGAAAAGAUAAAGACAGCAUACAUCAGCCUCUUAAAGAAUUAACACCAAAGAACAAGAUCACUGUCAUAAACCAGCUGGCAAUAAUACCAUUGGUGACAUGUGGUUUUGGCAUUAUAGACUGGCCACAAGGUGAGUUAGACAGGAUGGAUAUUAAAAGAUUCUCACCCUACAUUAAGUCACAUACAGACACCAGUGUAUGGACAUAAUAUACCUCCCUCACAAAGGUGGAUUAGGCCUAGCUGAGAUCAACCAGGCCUACAGAGCAGCAAUAAUAAGUCAAGGGUAGUACUUAAAAAGCUCUGAGGAUGAAAACAUGAAAAAAGUGUUGCAACACCAUAAUGGAGCCCUGAGCCAACUAACAUCAAGCCUAAGAACUUUGCAGGAGAUCUGCUAGAAGACACAGAGGGCACUGAACAGACUCCAGCAAAAACGAUAGCCAGGAAGACCAAGCAGAAAUACAGUCACAGAGAGGAGAAACUUAGAAUGGAAAGGUGGAAAGACCAUGGAAGGGCAGGAAGAUUUCAAGACGAACUGGAAAAAGUUACAUAGACAAAGAAGAGUCACUCAGAUGGAUAAGAAAUGGAGAUCUAGGUUAUGAUGGAGAAAGAUUGAUAAUAGGAGCACAAGAUCAAGGCUUCCUGACAAACAGCUUCAAGAAAAUGGCGGGUAUAUCAGCAAAUGACCAGUGUAGGUUUUGUCAUGCAGUGGGUGAGAAUGUGAAUCAUCUGAUAUCAGCCUGCAAGACCCUGCUUACAGAUGGUCACUACACAGCCCGCCACAACAAGAUCUGUAAAUAUAUACAUUGGAAAAUAUGUAAAGAAUACAGAACUGAAGUGAAAGAAAAAGUGUGGGAGCAUGAACCAGAUCCA